AAAUGGGUGGUUGUAAAGGACCUGUCACAACAUUCAUUGUUGAACCUUUCAUUCCUCACAAUGAAGAGUUCUAUCUCAACGUUGUGUCGGAGCGACUCGGUAACAGCUUUAGCUUUUCGGAGUGUGGAGGAAUUGUGAUUGAAGAGAACUGGGACAAGGUGAAGACCAUCUUUGUCCCAAUCGAUUCAUCUUUCACUUCUGAAGCUUGUGAGCACCAUUUUGUUUACAAAAUAAAACCAUUUACAAAAUACCCAAGCCCAAUUACAAACCAGAAAUCCGAGUCCAUUUCCCAGACCCGUAUUCAAACCACCCGGACCUAAAUGGAUUCAAACCUAGCCCAAACAGCCUAACCCUAACCCUAAUAAGUUGCAGCCUCUUCAGCGGCUGUCGUCGCCACUAUAUGAGAUUCCAACCGCUGUUGUUUCCAACAUCUUCCCACCGUCGAGCCUAGCCAAACAAAUCACCAUCAUCUCAGUAGCAUCAAGAAAAAGAAAAGAAAUCAGUCUCAAAUCCAUCAAAGCCCGAAAAAUCCAGGGCAUUAAAACCAAAACUCAU